CCCGGGGCGGCGCUGCGGACCGCAGUCUUGGCCUUGGCGGCGCUCUCUCCGCUCUGCGCGCUAUGCGGGGCGGAGAACCCCAACACGUACAACGUCGGCGGCGUGCUCAGCAACAACGAGAGCGCCUCACACUUCAGGCAGAUCAUCGAGAAAAUCAACUUCAUGGACCAGUACGUGCCGAAGGGCGUGACCUACCUUCCGUGCUUCAUCCUCAUGGACCCCAACCCCAUCCGCACCGCCCUCAACGUGUGCAAGGACCUGAUCGCGCACAAGGUGUACGCCGUCAUCGUGUCUCACCCGCUCACGGGGGACCUUUCCCCCGCGGCCGUCUCCUACACAAGUGGCUUUUACCACAUCCCCGUCAUCGGCAUCUCCUCUCGCGACUCUGCCUUCUCCGACAAGAACAUCCACGUCUCGUUCCUGCGCACCGUGCCGCCCUACUCGCACCAGGCCGACGUCUGGGUGGAGCUGCUCAAGCACUUCAACUACAUGAAGGUCAUCUUCAUCCACUCGUCCGACACGGACGGGCGCGCGCUGCUGGGCCGCUUCCAGUCCACCAGCCAGAGCCAGCAGGACGACGUGGAGAUCAAGGUGCAGGUGGAGUCCGUCAUCGAGUUCGAGCCCGGCCUGGAGAACUUCACGGAGCAGCUGCUGGACAUCCGGAGCGCGCAGGCCAGGGUGUACCUCAUGUACGCGGGAAAAAAAGACGCGAGCGUCAUCUUCCGCGACGCCGGGAUGCUCAACAUGACGGAGACGGGCUACGUGUGGAUCGUGACCGAGCAGGCCCUGGAGGCCAACAACGUGCCCGAAGGCACGCUGGGCCUCAAGCUGGUCAACGCCACGGCCGAGCAGGCCCACAUCCAGGACAGCAUAUUCGUGCUGACGUCUGCGCUUCGCGAGCUGACCAGCAUGAAGAACAUCACCGAGGCGCCCUCGGACUGCGAGACGUCGGGCACCAUCUGGGACACUGGCAAGCAGCUCUUCGAGUACAUCAUGAAGCAGGAGCUGCUGGACGGGCAGACGGGAAAGGUGGCCUUCGACGAGAACGGCGACCGCGUGAACGCCGAGUACGACGUGGUGAACAUCAAGGAGAACCAGGUGCAGGAGGCCGUGGGCCACUACCUCUUCUCCCGGGAGGUUGACCGCAUGCGGCUGACGCUGGACGACACGGCCAUCCUGUGGCCGGGCCGCAUCCGCACCAAGCCCGAGGGCUUCAUGAUCCCCACGCACCUCAAAGUGCUCACCAUCGCCGAGAAGCCGUUCGUGUACGUGCGCGAGGCCAAGGACGACAAGUGCAACCAGGACGAGAUCCCGUGCCCGCACUUCAACAGCUCCGACGACGGCACUGGGGCGAUCGACACCGUCAUGCACUGCUGCCGGGGCUUCUGCAUGGACCUGCUGCAGGAGCUGGCCAAGACCAUCAACUUCACGUACAGCCUGGCGCUGUCGCCCGACGGGCUGUUCGGCAACUACGUGAUCCGCAACACCACGGUGGGCGGCAAGAAGGAGUGGACGGGGCUCAUCGGCGAGCUGGUCGCCGAGCGCGCCGACAUGAUCGUGGCGCCGCUCACCAUCAACCCGGAGCGCGCCGAAUUCAUCGAGUUCUCCAAGCCCUUCAAGUACCAGGGCAUCACCAUCCUGGAGAAGAAGCCGUCGCGGUCGUCGACGCUCGUGUCCUUCUUGCAGCCCUUCUCCAACACGCUGUGGAUCCUGGUGAUGGUGUCGGUGCACGUGGUGGCGCUGGUGCUGUACCUGCUGGACCGCUUCUCACCCUUCGGCCGCUUCAAGCUGGCCAACACGGACGGCACGGAGGAGGACGCGCUCAACCUCAGCUCGGCCAUCUGGUUCGCGUGGGGCGUGCUGCUCAACAGCGGCAUCGGCGAGGGCACGCCGCGCAGCUUCUCCGCCCGCGUGCUCGGCAUGGUGUGGGCCGGCUUCGCCAUGAUCAUCGUCGCCUCGUACACUGCCAACCUGGCCGCCUUCCUCGUGCUGGAGCGGCCCAAGACCAAGCUCACGGGGAUCAACGACGCCAGGCUUCGAAACACGAUGGAGAACUUGACGUGCGCCACGGUGAAGGGCAGCGCGGUGGAUAUGUACUUCAAGCGGCAGGUGGAGCUCAGCAACAUGUACCGCACCAUGGAGGCCAACAACUACGACACGGCGGAGGACGCCAUCGAGGACGUCAAGCGGGGCAAGCUGAUGGCGUUCAUCUGGGACAGCUCGAGACUGGACUUCGAGGCGGCGCAGGACUGCGAGCUGGUCACGGCCGGGGAGCUGUUCGGACGGUCCGGCUACGGCAUCGGGCUGCAGAAGGGCUCGCCGUGGGCCGACGCCGUCACCCUCGCCAUCCUCGACUUCCACGAGAGCGGCUUCAUGGAGAGUCUGGACAACCGGUGGAUCCUCCAGGGGAACCUGAACCUGGCGCAGUGCGAGCAGAACGAGAAGACGCCCAACACGCUGGGGCUCAAGAACAUGGCGGGCGUGUUCAUCCUGGUGGCGGGCGGCAUCGCGUUCGGCGUCGUGCUCAUCCUCAUCGAGAUGGUCUACAAGAAGCACCAGACGCGCAAGCAGAAGCGGCUGGAGCUGGCGCGCCACGCCGCCGACAAGUGGAGAGGCGCCAUCGAGAAACGCAAGACGCUCCGGGCGACGAUCGCGGAGCAGCGGCGGCUCAAAGCGAACGGCGUCAACGAGCCGGUCAGCCUGUCGCUGUCGGUGGAGGCGCUGCACGUGCUGCCGCCCGUGUCCAUGACGGGCAUGGUGGUGGGGCCGCCGCACCCCGCGCAGUGCCUCGGCCAGGGCUGGCCCGGCAGCGGCACGGCCAGCGGGGCGGCCAGCGGCGCCCCCAGCGGCACCACCACGCCGUGCGACCUGCGGCAGCGCGGCCGUCUCGCCAGUGUGGGCGCCAGCGUGGGCCGGCCCGAGCAGAUCCACGUGGCCGGCGUCGCCAGCGUCACCUCGCCGCCGAGAGGGCCGCGGAGUCGGAGCACCUCCCCGCACAGCUGGGUGUACAGCGACGCGGACGGCAGCGAGUAGCCCCGCCCCGCCACAGCCAGCCACGCGCCAGGGCUAGGCGCACCACUGCCACAGGCUGCCAGCCCCACCGGGACCGCCCCCAGGGCCGCGCCGGCCGCGCCACCGCCCAGGCGAGGAGGGCGUCGGUCGCUGCAUGACCCGACCAUCGUCCGAUGUCUUCCAAGCCACUCCAGCCAGGACCCUGGACCUCGAUCCCCCAGCCGUCCUCGUCUAGUUCAAUUGUUGUUGUUUUCGGGGAGUGAUAUUCUGUAUUUGCAUCCACACUAUGAGGACAGCGCGACCUGCUGGUUGAUGCGGGGAUUUCCCGACAUCGUCCUCGUUAAGUAGUUCAUCGAGGUGUGACGAGUCGAGCGGCUCCACAGCAGCUCCACAGCCUCAGCCUCGUGGAAUUGCCACUGACCAUUUUUUAAAUCAAUUAAGGACUCGGUUGCAUGAGUCCUCCUUGUUAAAGUGAAGGCAUCUUAGAGACAUAUUUUGCUUUGUGAAGAGCCUCAGCGUGGGGUGCCAUUCGCUAACUAUAUUGUAUUACUUUCCUCAGCUCAUGAUUUUGAUUGCCAAUAGCUUGGCUUGACAUUCGUGUGGCUCGGGUGCAAAGGGUGCUCACUUAUUAUCAGUCUAUCAUAGUCUAAGUAGUCUGUCAGGAUACCCCUAGAAAGAAAAAGUGACAAACGCAUCAUGAUGUGAAGGUAUUUGAAACAUGUUGGUGACUGAUUCAACCAGACUUUACAUUAUGAUUUUGUUGUGACUUUUAUGUCCUACUUAGAAGGUCUCCUGAUGACUGUAGUAAUAAAUAUUGAGCAUAAAAAGUGUGAAGUGUUGAUUGUAAUAAACAGAUUGAAGAAAAAAUUGUACAUACGUUAAAAAAUUAAAUUGAAAUUUUGUGAA